UAAUCCCAACAAAAAUAAUCCUAAUCCCAACAAAAAUAAUCCUAAUCCCAACAAAAAUAAUCCUAAUCCCAACAAAAAUAAUCCUAAUCCCAACAAAAAUAAUCCUAAUUCCAACUCAGCUUCACCCCUGCGCAAACCUAGACCAAAAUCUAAACCUGAUAAGGGUUUUAAAAGAGGAAUCAAAAUCUUUAAAAUUCUCGUCGGCUUAUAUAUAUUUCAACAGUUCUCUUUCAUUAACGAAUAUUUUUCAUGCACAGAAGAGAUGUUUGACGAUCUUCCCAAUAUUUAUAUCUUUUUGGGUGUUGCAAAUUUCGCUGGAACUUUUUUAAAUGUUGCAAUUGAGGCUCUAAAAGGCUGGAAAAAAGAAGGGAGUAAUUGUCUCGUCAAUCUAGCGGAAUCUGUUGAUAUGAAACAUAUCUAUGUAACUAGUCUAGCUGGAUGUGCAAUCUCUUCAUUGCUCCUCCUCCUCAUUUCUUUCUUGAAAAAUAUAGCGUCUAUAAAAUCUGCUGCUGCAUUCGGCUUUAUCUUUUGUUUUUCAUUUGGAUUCGGACCUAGCCCUUGGAUGAUUGUUCCAAGAAUCCUACUCCCAAGCCUUCAGGAAGAUUAUGAUUCUUUUGGAUCGACGUUAAAUUGGCUAUGUGCUUUCAUAAUUACCUUUACCGCGACUGGGAUUCUUCCCUUUUUCAAAAAGAUUUCAUUGCUCUUUUUGAGCCCCUUUUGCCUUUUUUUAAACCUAACUAUGGGACACUUAUUAUUAAAAUUCUAA